GUAUGUCUCAGGAAGUAAAAAAAUGGCAGAAGAAGAGGUAGGUAUUUUUGUCAACCAGGAGCUGUUCAGUUGUCCAAUCUGUAUGGAACUUCUGCGAGAGCCUGUCACCAUUCCCUGUGGACACAACUACUGUAUGGACUGCAUUAAGAGCUACUGGGAGCAGAAGAACCAGAGGAAGAUAUGCAGCUGCCCACAGUGCAGACAGACCUUCUCCCCAAGACCUACGCUCAAUAAAAACACACUGUUUGCUGAAGUUGUCGAGAAAUUUAGACACACAGGAAUCCGUUCCCAUUCCAUACAUGGAGUUAUGACAGAUGAAGACAUUGCAAACGAAAAGCAGGACCUUGUCAUGUUCUGUGAGAAAGAGCUUAAGGAAUCUCAAAGGAGAUGCCAGCAAGUAAUAAAGGCCCGCGAGGCAGAGCUACAGCAGCUGAGUGAAGCCACACUGUCUCUCAGGAGUUCUGCACAGGCUGCAGUGGAGGACACGGAGAGGCUCUUUACUGAGCUGAUUAAGUCCAUUGAGACGUUGUGCUCUGAGAUGACAGAGAUGAUCAAAGUGAAGGAGCAGGCGGAAUUAGACGAGGCACAUGGGUUUAUGGAAAAACUAGAGCAGGAGAUCGCAGAACUGAAGAGGAGAGAUGCAGAAUAUGACAUGCUUUCACACCUUGAAGACAAAACUCAGUUCCUGAAGCGUUAUGAGUCACUGUGUAGUCUGCUGGGGGUGGAGACCUCUCCUGCAGUUCUAGUCAAUCCAGACUUUUCUUUUGUGAUGGUGUCAAGAAAACUCACAUAUCUGAAUGAGGACAUUAAAGAGCUUUGCCAGAAGAAACUGGAGAAAUUAUCUGAGAAAGUGACAAACCUCAAAUUUAUUCCAACCCCUGAGCCCAAAGUCAGAGAUCAGUUUUUGGAAUAUUCAGGUCCUCUGACUCUAGACCUUAAUACAGCUCACAGAAACCUCAGUGUGAGCGCAGAGAGCAGAGAGGUGACAUUCAGUAAAAUACUGACAUAUGCAUCUGUUCCUGAUCACCCCGAAAGGUUUGAUAUCCAUCACCAAGUCCUGUGCAGAGAGAGCGUGUCUGGUCGUUGUUACUUCGAGGCCGAGUGGAGCGGGAAGGGUCCGGUGCAUAUAGCCGUGUCUUAUGAGGAGAUCAGCCGGAAAGGAAAGAGUACCCUAUGUGCAUUUGGACACAAUGCCCAGUCCUGGAGUCUGGUGUGCUCUGAGGAUUCAUAUGCAUUCUGGCACAGUGGAAAAGAGACUAAGAUUCCCCAAAUGCAUUAUGCUCAUAGGACUGGCGUUUAUGUUGAUUUCUACGCUGGAAUUUUGGCCUUUUACAGCAUCACAGACACAUUGAAUCUCAUCCACACAAUUCGGACUACAUUCACACAACCGCUCUAUCCUGGCUUUAGGAUUAGCUCUGGGACAAGUGUGAGACUUUGCUAUCCACUUUAACUGCAAAAAUUUUGAUUAUUCAGUGUCUAAACAGUUAUUAUGCUUAAAGUUUAAAUAUUAUUUACUCACACUGAUGCUGCUCCAAACCCACACAAAAGGGGGGAAAAGUCUUUACAUGGCUUUUUGCCAUAUAAUGAAGGUGAAUAGUGACUCUAGGCUGUGAAGAUCAAAAAAGGAAAUACAUUAAAUAAAAAUAAAACCAUAGUCAAAGUAGUAGAUACGACUCGUGCACUAUUUUCCACAAUUCCAGUUUAUAUUCCAGACAAAAUCCCAGACUUCUGAAGCCAUACGAUCACAUCCUUUAACAGACUGAAAUUUAAGAUGUAAUUCACUCUCAAAUCAAAUCAUUGAUAAAUUCAGUAUGUGGCCAAUAUGCAAAUUUGGCGUCUACGGUGCAGGUUGGACGUAUGGAUGUCUGGUCACAAGACAUGCAAGAAUGAAUGACAUUCGAUUUUAUUAACAUUCAACCUGCAUCGUUGUCGUGUUCACUAUGGAAGAAUGCACAUAAUGAAAUGAUUUUACCCGCUAUCACCUUAACAUGAAGAUGCCGCUAGGUGGCUAUAGUGCCAGUAGAUGGCCUAUUGCCCUCAUUACAUUAGCAAAGACAGAGCAGGAGGGAAACAAUUCAGUACAUCAUGGAGAGAACCAAUGCAGGUAAAAAACUAGGGUGACCAGAAGUUGGACCCAGUUUUACGAGAUGUGUCUCGGUGUCCUGUCAUUUCUCAAAGAAUUUUAUAAUGUCCUGGUUUUAGCCUCACUGAUUUUUUUUUUUUCUUCUUUUAAAUGAAAUCAUUCUGGUUAUCAUGUCUGGUGUCGAUUUCAGGGAAGGGAAGAUAUUGUAUUGCAUAUGAUGAUUUGACGAUACUUUCAUACUAGAUUUGCUGCAAUCUGGUUUCCAUGACAAAGACUCAUGCACUUGGCGCUCUCUGCUGCUCUCAAUCAUCAUCCAAUGCAAAUUAGAAAUGCCCAAAUGAAAUUGCAUGUUCAACAAGCUGCCAAUAUAUGUCAUUGCACAACACGUGAAAAAGGAAUUGAAAUGAUUUACUUUCACUGUAAAUGUUUCCUUUCGCAUGGCCACAGUGUUAAGAGAUUGUAGGUCAUAUUCAUACAGCUGUAUUUUUUUUCUUUUCAAUAUUACAAAUGUGGAAUUGUAUUUUAACUUUUAAGUUCCAGUGUUGCACAUUUUGUGUAAAAGUGUGUAACUGACAAGAAAUUUCAAGCACUGACAGUGACAAGUCAAAUCAUUAUUACACAUGCAAUAUGACAUCAGAUGGAUAUAAUAGGCUUUAUGGAAUUUGUAUAUUUUACAAAUAUCUAAAAUGUGAUUAAAAUCAAAUAAAACAAUAUAUAAUAAAUUAAAAUACAAUUUUUCAUACAAAACGAUGGUUUUAAAAACUGUUCCUACAGUAAAAAUAUUAAGGACACACAGUUUUAUUAAAAUAUGUUUGUAUGAAGUAUAUUAAUUAUCCUUCCUCUAGAAAAUAUAGUCCCUACAUAGCGCAAAGGUUAAUAGUUGGCCACUAUUGGAGCUGAAUAGGGAUGUAUUCGCAUCAAUCUGUACAGCGUAGCUUGGUAGUAGAUCCUAUAUUUUAGCAUGGCUGGAACACUGCAUUAACCAAUCAGCAUUCAGAACCAGAAUGAUUAAUUUAAUAAAAUGAUGCAAACCUAUAACCACAAAUUGUUCAACACAUUGCUAUUGUAGUUCUGAGAAAACAUGGAAUGUUUGUUGAGUGUUUUUGACUUCAUUUUACAUUCACAUAUUAAAGAAAUAUUACAGGUUCAAUAGCAGUAAAGCUCAAUUUACAGCAUUUGUGGCAUAAUGUUGAUUAUCACCAAAAAAUUUAACCCAUCACUGUAAUCCAGAUGUUUGCCUUUUUAAAAUAAAGGGCAAGUGAAAAUACUUUUUUGUGGUAAUUAUAAUAAUUGUAGUAUUAUGCCACAAAUGUUGUCGAUUGAGCUUAACUUGAAUUGAACCCUGAAUAUUCUUUAAACAAAACAUAACAAUCUAUAUACAAUUUCAUACAUUUAUUAAAAAUAAACAUGUCACCUCUUUCCAUUAAGCAGCACAAUAACAAAUAAAUAGCUUUACGUUUAGACAUGAUGUAAGUUGUCUACUUUUCAUUCAGACAGUAAACCUUUUAACGCUAAAUUUCUUCAUCUUCUAAAAUCAUACCCAGAAAGGGAAUGAGACUUCAUUCCUGGAAAUUCAGUAACAAUAUAAGGCACAAAAACAGUAAAUACAACUUUUAACACGGAGUCAAUGGAGCGGUCAUACAGUCAUUAAAUGUAGUUCAGUCAUGACAACUCUUGGAAAGGUUUAGCAUGCUAAUGU